CGGUAGGCUUGGUCAACGUGUGUUUUUAGAAACGUCAGGAAAGCGAAUCUUGCGUGCAUUUUUUUCAUUUAUCUUGUAAAUUCAGACACCAUGGAGACGAUUUUGGAGCAACAGAGACGUUUACAUGAAGAAAAAGAACGGAUAAUUGAAGCCAUGGUUAAAGAAACUCUACACAAGAAAAGUUCGAACCGUGAGCAAAUCAACUCUGAUCACAGAACAAAGAAACUCCUGGAUAAACACAUGGAAAACACUGCAAAGCUGAGAGACAUCUAUGAAGAUAAAGAUGGUUUGCGCAAGGAAGAGGUGAUGGCCUUGUCAGGACCCAAUGAGUUCCAAGAAUUCUAUGCCAGACUCAAGACAAUCAAAGAUUUCCACAGAAAACACCCCAAUGAGAUCGCUGUUCCUUUAUCCCAUGAAUAUGAGAGAAUGGAUGAGGAGAGAUCUAAGAGUGGUGAGGAUUCUCAGACGCUGGUUGAGUUCACUGAUGAAGAAGGAUAUGGCAAAUAUCUGGACCUUCAUGAAUGCUUUGAUAAAUACGUCAAUCUCAAGAAUGUAGAGAAAAUUGACUACCUGACGUAUCUUGCAAACUUUGACCAGUUAUUUUCCAUCCAGAAAGAUCGGAAGAAUGCUGAGUAUAGAAGAUACCUUGAGCUGCUCUUAGACUAUCUUCAUAGUUACACCCGACGCCUGAAGCCUCUCCUUGAAAUGUCUGAGGAGUUGGAGAAGGUUCGGAUCACCUAUGAGAGCCAAUGGGAAAGCGGCUCAUUCCCUGGAUGGGGGAAAGAAGCGGCAAGUGCACUGGCACAUGCAGGAGCUCAUUUGGAUCUGUCUGCCUUCUCAUCUCCAGAGGAAUUGGCAUCAUUAGGUCUGGAUCGUCUUAAGUCAGCUUUGAUGGCUCUGGGGCUGAAAUGUGGCGGAACCUUAGAAGAGAGAGCUCAGCGUCUGUUCAGUACUAAGGGAGUACCCCUAGAUCAGCUGGAUGCCAGUCUGUUUGCCAAGAGUAAGACGGGCAAAGGAGGCAAAAAAGACAACGUUGGUAAGCAGAAAGACAUGGCAUACUUAGAGGCACAGGUUUACUUCUUUGCUGAGCUUCUUGGGGAGCAGAGACUUGCAACCCGUGAGAACAUUCAGCGCAAGCAGGCUCGGACCGAUGCUGAACGUGAAGAUGAUGAAGAGGAACAGUACAGCGAUAGUGACAGUGAUGAUGAUGAUAAUGAAGUCAUCUAUAACCCUAAGAAUCUACCCCUAGGAUGGGAUGGAAAGCCGAUACCGUACUGGUUAUACAAGCUACAUGGUUUGAACAUCACCUACUCCUGUGAGAUUUGUGGAAACCAAACCUACAGAGGUCCUAAAGCUUUCCAGAGACACUUUGCUGAAUGGCGUCAUGCUCAUGGAAUGAGGUGUUUAGGUAUUCCCAACACGGCUCACUUCGCUAACGUUACACUCAUUGAAGAUGCUCUCUCAUUGUGGGAUAAACUGAAAGAUGCAAAGUCUGCUGAGAGGUGGAGACCAGAUACUGAGGAGGAGUUUGAGGAUUCUAGUGGUAACGUUGUCAACAAGAAGGUCUUCGAAGAUCUCAAGAGGCAGGGACUUCUCUAGUCAGGAAUAGUAUUUUACUGCUUUGGUUUUUUACAAUAGAUAGCUCUGAAUAUUUUAAAUAAAAUAUUAAAAAGCUUUAUUUCCUGGUUUUACUACAGAAAUACAAGUGCUGAGCAGUCUUACAUUCCAAGAAAUUAAGUGGAAAUCAGUCAAAGACAAUAUUCAUUGAAUUGUUUUUGGGUUGGUAAUCUGUUGCAGCAGAGGGUGCGUUCAAUGAGCUUCCCUGGGUCGACCCCAGUCUGCCCCCAGUCUGUCCCCGGUACGUUCGUAUAGCUCUGGCGUCAUUCCAGGGGCUCACCCUGGUCAGCCCCAAGUACCCUCCUUGUGGAGUGGGUCACUUGAGGGCUGGCCCC